AUGCGGAUGACACACGUGCGUCCGAUGGAGGUAGAUGACCAACACGACAUGUUUGGUACGGAGUAUCGAGUGCGCGACGUGAGCUUGAGGACAAAACGUCGAGCGCUGCGACAAAAGCAGCAGCAACACUGCCCGGAAAUCGCCGCAGCACGCGAGGGUCUGUGA